AAGGGUCAGAAGGCGAGGCGCGCCCAAGAUGGCGGCCUCCAUGUGCGACGUGUUCUCCUUCUGCGUGGGCGUGGCAGGCCGGGCUAGGGUCCCGGUAGAAGUCCGCUUUGUGAGCAGCUGCAAGGGAAAGGGGCUCUUUGCCACACAGCUGAUCCGGAAGGGGGAGACCAUCUUUGUAGAACGGCCCCUGGUAGCUGCACAGUUUCUCUGGAAUGCACUUUAUCACUACCGAGCCUGUGACCACUGCCUGCGGGCACUGGAGAAGGCAGAGGAGAACGCCCGGAGGCUGACUGGGAAACCUGGCCAGGUGCUGCCGCACCCUGAGCUAUGCGCUGUGCGCAAGGACCUCCACCAGAACUGUCCCCACUGCCAGGUGAUGUACUGCAGUGCAGAAUGUCGGCUGGCAGCCGCUGAGCAGUACCAUCGGGUCCUGUGUACAGGCCCCUCCCAGGAUGACCCCCUGCAUCCUCUCAAUAAGCUUCAGGAGGCAUGGAGGAGUGUUCACUACCCCCCUGAAACCGCCAGCAUCAUGCUUAUGGCCCGGAUGGUGGCCACAGUGAAGCAGGCUAAGGAUAAAGAUCGUUGGGUCAGGCUCUUCUCUCAGUUCUGUAAUAAAACGGCCAAUGAGGAGGAGGAGAUUGUCCACAAACUCUUGGGGGACAAAUUCAAGGGCCAGCUGGAACUUCUGCGGAGACUCUUCACGGAGGCCCUUUAUGAGGAAGUACUCAGCCAGUGGUUCACCCCAGAUGGAUUCCGGUCUCUCUUUGCUCUUGUUGGGACAAAUGGUCAAGGAAUCGGGACCAGCUCCCUAAGCCAGUGGGUCCAUGCCUGUGAUGCUCUGGAGCUGAAGUCUCAGGACCGCGAGCAGCUGGAUGCCUUCAUUGACCAGCUGUACAAGGACAUUGAGGCAGCAACUGGCGAGUUUCUUAACUGUGAAGGAUCAGGCCUCUUUGUGCUUCAGAGCUGCUGCAACCACAGCUGUGUCCCCAAUGCAGAGACCUCCUUCCCAGAAAACAACUUCCUCUUGCAUGUCACUGCCCUGGAGGACAUUAAGCCAGGAGAGGAAAUCUGUAUCAGCUACUUAGACUGCUGUCAGCGGGAGCGCAGCCGCCACAGCCGCCACAAGAUCCUCAGGGAGAACUAUCUGUUUGUCUGUUCCUGCCCCAAAUGCCUGGCAGAAGCUGAUGAACCCAACAUGACCUCAGAAGAGGAGGACGAAGAAGACGAGGGAGAGCCAGAAGAUGCAGAGCUGGGGGAUGAGAUGACUGAUGUGUGAUGUCACCCUGCCUGGCAGGGGCCCCACCCCAGACUCUGCCAGAACAGGGGGUCUUCCCCCAGAGAAGAGGCUUGGAAGGAACUCCCCACUCCUGUUGCCUGCUUCCCCCAGUCCAGCUCUGUUUCUGCCACAGGGUGCAGGACAGAGGCUGGACCCUCGGCCCUCCAUUUCCCACCAGACCUCAUGUGCUGGACACUGCUGCUGAAUGGCUCAGGUUCUGCAUUGUCACUGAGCCUUUCAGAAUUGUCCUCCCCCUGCAGUUCUCCACUCCAGAGUGUGAGCAGCUGGAACCAAGGUCAGAGCCUAACAGUGUUUCUUGACCUUUGGUCCCAUGGCUAUGCCUGCCCGUCCCUCCGAGGCUUCACCUCUCUCUACUUGCUGUGGAGGGGGUAGCAAAGUGGCAGUCAGAACAGCCUUACUUUAUUGAAGAACGGUGGGGGGGGGGAGUUGCCCUCACCUUCUUCCCUGCCUCCCACCAUUGCAGCUGAUAAGGCAACUGCCUGGCUACUACUAGCACAGCUGGGGGAGGCAGGAAGGAGGGGCUGGGCGUCCAGAGCACUCUCCCUAAGGCUCUCUGCUGGGAAUGCUGGGCAGGGAGAAUUCCCUCUCCCCACCUCCCCACUCCCGCCACUUGGACAUCUCAGGGAGUGGAGAUUAACCCCUUCCCCAAGCUCCAGAAUCUCUGUAUCUUGUGCCUUGCCUCUCAGCCCUGGCACAGGGGCGGGCCCCAUGGAAUGGAAAAGGCCUCUGCGUCCCUCAGGAGGGGUAUGUGGGGGAUCAUCAGCCAGCCCUCACACCCUCUUCCCACUGAGGACUCCAGCAGCAUGGCUGAGACCUGGGGAUGGCAGGCCUGUGCUCCUUAAGUUACGAUGCUCUAGUUAUCCCUGGGACCCAUAGAACAUGAAUCAGUGAGGGGCUCUCCUGCCCUCCAUCUUUAGGGUCUCCACAGAGGAACACCGAAGUCUUCCAGAAACCUAGAGGAACUGGGCUAGAUACUCAGAUUAGCCUGGACUGUGCCCCCAUCCCCAGAUUAGCAGUACCCCUCAUUCUUGGGUUGGGUGCUAUGAGAAUUAUAACCCUUCACUUGCAGUUUUCAGAAUUCUGCCUACCUUCCCUAAGGGGUCUUCACGUCCCCCUGCUAAGGGAUCCCAGGAAGGCAGAUGGCUGUCCACAGGCCCUUCCCUGGAUUAUGAGCCAGGUGGAGCCUGCCUCUCUGGCCUGUGGGGUUCUUCCUCCUUCACAGCAGCUGGCAUCCCCUCCCACCCCUGCCUGCCCACUGUUCUCAAUAAAGUGUGAGUGGUGACAGGCCUCUGAAGGAAUGCUUGGUGGAACAGGACUUGCCAGAAUGCCAGAGCACGUGGCAGAAGGGUACAUGGGGUAGACCAGGUAAUGGUAGGAGGUGGGGGCUCUAGCUCCCCAGUUGGGGCUCAUUCCUGGUCCUGCCUCCACUCUGCUGUGCUGAUGUUCUAAAGCCCCAGAGGACUAUGGCUCCUAAGAUCUUAAGCAGAAGGCUGUGUUGGGACCCAGGAUGGCAAUCUGAAGGACCUUGGACAAGUCUUUUGUCCUCCCUGGGCCUUAGUUUCCUCCCCUCAGUACAAGGGCUUCUGGCCAGUAGAGAUCAAAGACUCCCCCCACUUGUGUGCUCUUACUCUAGGACACAGUUGCAACCCUGAUGAGAGGCUUUAUUGCUAAAAAGUCAGUGAGGGUUUAUUGAGUCCUUAAACACCAGCUCUUAAACCACUCCAGCAACUGCUGUGAAGGACACUGAGGAGAUGCUGGGUGGGGAGGCUGGAGUCAGGUGGGAUGUGACAGGUCAUGGGGUUCUCAGGCCACCUGCCUUUUGCCCCUGUUCCAUAUUCUAGCCAAGAAGCCCUGGGACAUGGGUCUUACAUCUUCCCAUGGCCUGAGACAACCUUGGAGGCCCCAGGGAAGGGAAACAGUGGUGUGGCUCCCCUUAGCCUAGACCAGGCCCACUCCUUCCUCUACCUGGCUCCACCUGUCCGCAAGUGCCGUCUCCAGGUCCCACACAGCAGAGUUCCUGGGUUUCCCCUUCCCAGCCUAGAGUUGCUUUAUGGGUGGAAGGUGGGACCGACUCUUCUACCAGAAGGUCCAGGGCGGUUGCAGCAGCUCAAAGGUGGGGAUGCUGGUGACAUUAACUGGGAUGGAAAU